AUGCCGAAAGAUAGAAGGGUGAAUUCAUCAUCUUUUGACCGGGCUAGGGUAUCUCCUUAUGCUGGCAGCUCGAAGAUUUCUGAUCCCACGAAGUCAGAAAGAUGUUUGCCUCAUGUUGGAGAUGAAGCUGAAUGGGAAGAAGCUAGAUGCCCUAUUUGUAUGGACCACCCACACAAUGCUGUCCUGUUACUAUGUUCCUCCCAUGAUAAAGGCUGUCGACCAUACAUGUGUGACACAAGUUCCCGACAUUCAAAUUGCCUUGAUCAGUUUCGCAAGUCAUCUAGUGCAUCAUCACCAGCUCCAGUGGCUACUCCACGAGAAGAUGUCUCAGCACCAAGGGCAGCAACUCGCGGACACAGAGGGGAACAACCGUUAUCUAGGCCAAUCAAUUCCCUUGAGGGAGAGCAACCUUUGUUUGUCUGCCCCCUUUGCCGGGGAAAGAUCACUGGAUGGCUUUCUAUAGAGCCUGCACGGAGGUUCAUGAACUCCAAACUAAGGAGCUGCUCUUCAGAAAAUUGUAACUUCAGCGGAAAUUAUUCCGAGCUGAGAAAGCAUGCCAGGCUUGAGCACCCUUCUGAUCGACCAGCUGAGGCCAAUACCCAGCGGCAGUCUGAAUGGAUGAGGUUGGAGCGACAAAGAGACCUUGAGGAUGCACUUAGUGCAUACCAGCAAGAUCUUGACUAUGACUGGGGUGACUUGGAUGAAUUGCCUAGCUUUGAUGAAUGGGAUGGAGAUGGUCUGUGGAAUGAUUGGAAUUUUUUUGACUUCCCAAGUGGACUGUCUGAGGAUGAGGAUGAACUGAGUGAAGACAACAAUAUAUUUACUGAUCUAGAGGUUGAGUUCUCAUUCUCUUUCCUUGAGUAUCUAUCUUAUCCUGAGGUAGAAGCAACAGAUUCUGCUCAACAGGUUCAAGGUCUAGAUCAACUUAUCAUAGGGAAAAUGUGCCCCCAAGCUUAA